AUGCCGUCGGCACGACUGAAAGCAGACCGCACAGCUUUGGUAUUCGGGGCGUCGGGAAUUACCGGCUGGGCAGUCCUCCAUGAGUCCUUGCACUAUCCGACGACUGAUUCAUUCUUCCGCUUGGUUCUCCCAGACGAUGAUAGACUUAUUCUGGCAUCUGGAGUUGAUCUUGGUGCUGGCGUUGAUGCGGCCGCUGCUGGAUUGAGUGGCAUUGAAGGCAUCAAAGGUGUCACCGAUGUGUUCUUCGCAGCUUAUGUCCAGCCACCUGGAACUUCAGAUUUUGUCGGACACGAGAUUCUCAAACAAGUCAACGUUGGUAUUCUUGAAACGGCGGUCCUAGCCGUGGAGAAAGUUUGUCCCCGACUUCGGUUUUGGUCCCUACAGACUGGUGGCAAAUCUUAUGGCUUUGUCCACGCGCGUGAGAUCGGAGUUCCAAAGGUGCCCUGUAACGAGUCGGACCCGAGAAUACCGCAGCCUUUUGAAGAUCAGGUCUUCUAUUAUGCCCAGUUUGACGCACUGGAGAAACUCUCGGUUGGAAAGCCAUGGCGGUUUUGGAAUGCUGACACCGAUACAUGGAUUGGAUUUGUUCCGGGCGGCAAGAACGCGAUGAACCUUGCCCAAGGACUCGGCUUGUUUCUCAAGCAUUCAUUUCCCCGGCUCCUUGCUUCGUACGAUGCUCGCCACACCGAAAUUGGCCAAAAGACACUUGGUCGUGCGCAGAUCUUUACAUCCCACUUAAUCGGUGACUCAAAUGGCGAGGUCUAUAAUGUCGGUGAUUCCCCCUUGGCCGCAGGACUAAAUUGGCGCGACAAGUGGGUAGCGAUCUGCCAGUCCUUUGGACUGGUGGGACUUGGGCCUGAAGAAAUUCGCGCGAUGGGGUUUAGCUCAAGCGAAUACAUGACGCAACACCGAAGCGAGUGGGAGGGGUUUGGGUCAAAGCAUGGUCUGAUUCCCGGCGUCAUCCAGCAUACAAGUUGGGAAUUUAUUGGGGUGAUGCUGUCCAUGGCGGUCUUUGACCGGCAGCACAACCUCUCCAAGUUUGCAAAAGCUGGAUUCCAGGAACGAGUCGACAUCCUUCGGAAUUACGAAGAGGCUUUUGACCUGAUGAGGAGUGCCAGGAUCAUUCCUCGCCGAUCUUUGGUAGUUCUAGCAUGA